ACACUGAUGACAUCGACAUCGAAAACGAAACGAUGGAUGAUCAAGAAUCUGAUAUUUUCACCGAUGAAGAUCGUAAAAAUGAAAAACAAGCCAUAUUGUCAAUGAAGUUUUUGCAGGCAAUCUGCUGCAUAGUUUGCGUUGCGACACACAUCUUGGGAUUCAUCGACGACACGGAACCACAAUUUCACGAAGUGCUUUUCUGUGGGGUGUAUGCAGGAUACGCACUGGUGACGAUAUUUUCAAGUUUGUGUAUGUUACGGGGACUUCGCAAGAUAAAUUACAUCAUCGAAGCGGUUGUGUCACUUUCCGGAUUCGUGGCGUUCAUAGGUUGUGGAUUCAUUGCGAUGUUCUACGUUGAACAUGACAUCCAUAUGCGGUAUUUCACCCAAAGACAGGAACGGAACCAUCUCUUCUUUAUCCAUAGCCGUCAGGAGAGUAUUUUCUCAAUGGUGGCAGCGGGAAUCUUUCUUAUGGAGGGUUCAUUCAUGUUGGAUAUUUUGGGAGUGUUUGAGAAACUGUUCGAACCGACCACGGCAGAAGCGAUUCGCGAGAGGAAAAAGGCGAAGGUUUACCAGCGACUUCGGUUGAAACCAUUUUGGUUUAUAAUAACUGAGAAUGUUGUGAGGAUUUGGCGUAAAGUGUGCAGUAGAGGAGGAAAUUCCGAAGAGAAUAUUGAUUAAUUUGUCACCACUUUGGAGAGUAUUGAUAGAAUGCCACUAAUAUUGCGAAUAAAA